GAAUACAAGGAAAGGCUUGAAAGACUAGGCAUGUUUACAUUGGAAAAGCGGAGACUAAGAGGGGAUAUGAUCAACAUCUACAAAUAUGUAAGGGGACAAUACACAGAGCUUGCGCGGGACCUGUUUUUGGUUAGAUCAACACAGAGGACUCGUGGACACUCGCUCAGGUUAGAGGAGAGGAGAUUCUGCACAAUACGUCGUAAAGGCUUUUUCACGAAACCUAUGGACAUCUAAGAGGAGACCGCAAACACAGCAUGUGACGAAGAAGAGGACAGAAGGCGGGAGGUCUGGACAGUAAGGUAAAAGGAUAAAAAAAAUGGGAAUGAACAUCAACAACUUGACCAUGAGAACAGGUGCUAACAACACCACCGUACAUUUGACGUUUUCCACGCCUGAUGAAUUUAACACCUGCGUUUCACCUGAAGGACUUGACUGGAUCAUUGCCUACCAACCAGUUUAUAUGUGGAUUGUUUUUGUCUUGGGAUUCAUAGAAAACCUGUUUGUCAUCUUGAUCUUUUUGCUUCACAGAAACCGCUGCACAGUGGCAGAGAUCUACCUGGGGAACAUGGCAGCUGCAGAUCUGAUUUUUGUUAGCGGGCUGCCCUUCUGGGCCAUUUCUAUAUCUAACAAAUUCUACUGGCCCUUCGGUAGCUUUCUCUGCUUCACGGUCAAUUCCCUGAUCCAGCUGAAUCUGUUCAGCAGCAUCUACUUCCUCAUGAUGGUCAGUAUAGACCGGUACUUGGCUUUAGUGAAGACCAUGUCCUUUGGCCGAAUGAGGGGAGCUGGAUGUGCCAAGGUGAACUGUGUAAUCAUUUGGGUCUUCGCCAUAGUAGCGAGUUUGCCCAAAGUCGUGUUCCGAAGAGUGGACUUUAUCCCUAGUAUAAACACUACCGCCUGUGUUAUAUUACCACCCACCGACAACUGGCACAUUGCCACAAAUAUCAUAAUGACCAUUUUUGGCUUCUUAAUUCCAGCCAUCGUCAUUGCAUUCUGCACUGCCCAGAUUAUACACGCUCUGCGGAAUAACACCAUGCAGCAAUUCAAAGAGAUCAACAACGAGAAAAAGGCCACCUGGUUGGUUCUGGCAGUGCUCUUGGUGUUUAUAAUCUGCUGGCUCCCGUUCCAUAUUUUUACCUUUAUUGACACUCUGGAUUUAUAUGAAGUUCUCCCCUUAUGCUCCUUGAGCAUGUUUACUGAAAUUGGAAACCAGAUCUCAACCUAUAUUGGCUAUAGCAAUAGCUGCAUCAACCCACUUCUCUACGUCAUAGUCGGGAACCAUUUCCGGAGAAAGGCAAAAGAGGUCUACUGGCAACUCCAAUCAAAAAUAAGGCCACCGAGAAAGGCGUCGCUCCCAAUGAGUUAUUCGGGGGUCACCGUACGGACCUCAAUUUCUAUGGGGCAGCAAAAAAUAAUUUUGAAGCAAUGAAACCUGUGCUGUAGCAUUAGGCAACGCACUAUGGUGAAGGACAACUUUUUUUUUCUUCAGUACUGAACACAACUUGGAAUAAGCUACCGUUAUUUAUUGUCUCUGGGAUGUUUCUUGUUUAUAGACUGUAUCGUACGAUUUUUCACACUUACCGUGUUAGCUGUCUUCUCCUGUUAGAACUGCCUUAUUUGGGAGGACGCUGAAAUGUCUUUGGUUAGGUGGUAGGAAUUACAGCUGGACAGUUUGAGAGCAAUGACUUAAAAAACGUACAAUUUUUGUAUCAUUGCAGGUUCUGCGAUUCCUCACCUACUGUAUGACCUAUUCUCAAAUGACAAUGUAGUCUGCUAUCUUAAACUUACUUACAAUUAUUGUUGAGGAACUAAGACUAAUUUUAAGAAACUUGUGGACCUCAAGGUAAUGCUGAGGUCCAAAUCAAAGACUUAAUGGUGCAACCCAGAGCUGUCAAGGAGGCUUCACAUGAGGGAUCUUUGAGAUUUUAUUGGUUGUCCCUAGCUGUUCUUAAAUGACCAUAAUCUGACAUUUCUCAAACUCGGUCCGAAGGCACCCUAACAAUCCAAGUUUUACAGAAAUCUAUGCUUAAGCACUGGUGAUUUAAUUAAUACCUCAGUCAGUCUGAUGUAACUAUCUGUAUUUAAGCAUGGAUAUCCUUCAAAACUCUGAACUGUUAAUGUGCUUUGAGGACCAAGUUUGAGAAACCCUGCAAAACUUGUUACUAAAGGGCUAUUGUCUUCAAGAGUACAUGUCUGAUUUAUCAUGCGUGUUGGAAUAAAACAUAUCAACAGAAAUACUAUUGUAAUUUUAGAAAAAUAAUAGUACGUAAUUAAGUCCAGCUUUUUUUCUGUACAUCAGUCAUCAGAAUCAAAAUCACGGACAUUGUCAGACUCAGUAAUUCCUGCUGUUCUAUUAUACGAAUAACAGCUUUGAUGGGAGCCGGAAUGAGGGUUAUAAAAAUUCUUUACAUAUCAAUGGAUGAAUAAUUACAGCUUAUUUAAACAAAGAAUUUAAAAAACGUAUCUUGUAUUGUACAUUUCAAUGACAUGAUUUCUCUACUAAACAUGGAGAUUGAAUGCAGAUUGAGUCUCACAUAUCCAAAAUGCUUGGGACCAGAAAUAUUUUGGGUAUUGGAUGUUUCCGUACAUCGGAAUGUUUGCAUACCAUAACGAGAUAUCUUGGGGAUGGGACCCAGAGUGCAUUUAGGCUUCAUAGACACCGUAUACACACACCGUGAAGGUUAUUUUAUACUUUUUUUUUAUAUUUUGUGUAUUUAACAAAGUUUGUGUAUAUUUUAGAUUUUGGACAUGGGAGACUCAAGCUAUGUUUGUAUGUGUGUAAAUAAAUAAAUAAAUCUAUCUAUCUAGUGUGUGUAUACACACACACACACACACACACACACACACACACACACACACACACACACACACACACAGUGUAUGCAUAGUGUAAAUGAGUGACUCUCUGUCUUUUUAUACUGUAUAUAUAUUUCUAAAUACAGGUAUAUAAAUUUUAACAAAGAAAUUGCAAUUUAGGAUGUUUUAUGUAUAGUUAUUGGUUGAAGCAAGUCCGAUAAAAUAAUUAGUCCAUCAUAUUGGAGAUUAUUUCAUCUAUAACUUCCAGCAUCUACAGGAUAUACGCUUUCAUUGAUGAUAAUAUCUGAUUGAAUGCUCUCUGUAUAAAGUUAGUACAUGAGUCACAAUGAGAAUGUGUAUAUUUAUAUUCAGGGUAUUCUCAUAAACCAUAUAACCGUUCUUGUCUGUAUACGGUGGUUAAUGUGGAUAAUGACACAAAUUGUGAACACUGUCUCUCUAGGGCUGAUGCACGCUAACAUCUACUAUGAAUUAUAGGUAUACAGUAGUUCAGAAGUAAGCACAUAUUUCUUACAGAUAUAUUAUCUAUAAGCACCGUCAGAGUCGGAUUGUUUAUAUUAUUUCUUACAUCAUGUUCUAUUCAUUUGCAGAUUAUUGGUUUGAUGAGCUCUUUAGAGACUAAUAAAUGUCCCGUUCUACAUUCACCUUGAGAUAUAUUUUGACUUACCACAGGGAUAGGCAAUCUGCGGAUCUACUGUACAUACAUACAGACAGAAGUUUUUGUUUUUUAUUUUAAUCCCCACCAAGAUUUUAAUAGGAAAGUACCACACACCAGGAAUAACCCCUGAUCGGUUGUCUCUCACCAGUUUUUAAGCAAAAUUAUGUUCCUGAAAUGAAAUUCCUACAGUUACCAAAGUAAUUCAUAUUUUAUCAAUGUUUCUAAUUUACAAAAAACAAACAAACAAACAAACCCCAUUUUGAUGGCUGUCACCAUAGGGGUCAUUCAGAGUUAAUCGCUCGCCGUUUUUCGCAGCGCAGCGAACAGGUUACUACUGCGCAUGUGUUGACCACUCUCUUCUCAUACAAACACUGCAAUCCCUAGGUAUUCAGGACACAGCCCUUUCUUGGUUCCUAUCCUACCUAUCUUAUCGCUCCUUUAGUGUUCGCUUCUCUGAAUCUACCUCCUCUUCGCUACCUCUCUCAGUUGGAGUACCGCAAGGCUCAGUCCUAGGUCCUCUGCUUUUCUCUAUCUAUACCUCAUCUCUUGGUAAACUAAUCAACUCUUUCGGAUUUCAGUACCAUCUUUAUGCAGAUGAUACUCAAAUCUACCUAUCCUCCCCUGACUUGUCACCAUCUGUACUGGACCGUGUCACUGAAUGCCUGUCUGCCAUUUCAUCCUGGAUGACAUCUCGCCACCUCAAACUUAAUAUUUCCAACACAGAGCUACUUAUAUUUCCACCGGACAAUAGUAGUUACCAACCUGAUAUCUCUAUCACUGUUGAUACAAUCAACCCUACCCCACAAGCUCGCUGCCUAGGUGUCAUUCUUGACUGAACUGUCCUUUGUUCCCCAGAUUCAAUCUUUCUCAAAAUCAUGUUUUAUACAUCUAAGAAACAUUUCCAAAAUACGACCAUAUCUUACACAUGAUACAGCAAAAACUCUAAUCCAUGCUCUCAUUAUCUCCCACAUUGAUUACUGAAAUAGUCUCCUGACUGGUCUUCCCAUACAUAGGCUCUGACCACUACAAUCCAUUCUGAACGCAGCUGCAAAACUAAUCUUCCUCGCUAGACGUUCAUCGUCUGCAGAUCCACUCUGUCAGUCCCUCCAUUGGUUACCGGUAUUCUACCGUAUUCAAUAUAAAAUACUGUUACUUACACACAAGGCUAUUAACCAAACUGCACCAUCAUACAUCUCCUCACUCAUCUCAAAAUAUCUCCCUACCCGACCUCUCCACUCUGCACAAGAUCUGCGUCUCUCAUCCACACGUAUUACUUGUUCCUACACAAAAUUACAGGACUUUAUCAGAGCUUCACCCACUCUGUGGAAUACCCUCUCACGCACAAUAAGACUCACCUCUAGUCUCCAAACCUUUCAACGUUCCAUGAAAACUCACCUCUUCAGACAGGCCUAUCAAAUUCCAGACCCACCCACAUAACCUUCAGUGCUUCCCUAUCUAAUUCCAUCCUCUCUGUACAGUCCACAUAACAUCACAUAUUUUGUCUUUCUUUACUCUCACAUCCUCCUGACCCUUGGCCAACAUUGCUGGGUAAUCAAACCCAUUAAGAACCUAGCAAUCUGGUGGUCCUUUAUGCAAUAGGUAGCAUCUAUCCUUGUGUAUCAAUGCCAACUUUCCUAUAGAUUGUAAGCUUGCGAGCAGGGCCUUCCUACCUCUAUGUCUGUCUGUUUUUGCCCAGUUUUGUUCUAUUACUGUUGUUCUAAUUGUAAAGCUCAACGGAAUAUGCUGCGCUAUAUA